CCAUACCUGCGCUUGUUUCAUCCCUAAGGUGGUGUACGUAUUAAAAGCAUGCACAUGGGAUGAUGGAUUGAUGGACCACGUUAUAAAAGGCAGGUGCGUGUCGUACUGCCCACUGCACAACAAAAAAAGGAAGAAGUUAGAGGCGGCGGCGCGACACGGCGGCGGCGGAUGCACAGAGACGCGGCGGCAGGUUAUAUUAGAGGCGGAAUUCCUGUUUGCUUGGAUGCGUCUCCCCCUGUAUACUAUUUUGACCAAGGAGAAGGUCGGGGGCUGGACAACUGGCUCAUCUUUUUACAAGGAGGAGGCUGGUGUUUGAACCAAAGCGAGUGCAAACAGCGUUCCGAAUCAAAGCCCGGUUCGUCUACACUCAUGGAUCAAUAUAGGGACUUCGAGAUAUUUGCAGGGGACUCUUGAUCAUGGAUUAUGGCUUCAGCCAACUACUCAGGCCACGUGUAUUCUUGCUUAUUCCGAUGCAGAUUGGGCAGGCUGUCCUGAUACAUCUCGAUCCACGACUGGGUUUGCUGUAUUUUUGGGUCCUAAUCUUGUCUCGUGGAAAUCCAAAAAGCAGCCUACCGUCUCUAAAUCUUCUACAGAAGCUGAAUAUAGAGCUGUGGCAUAUACUGUUCAGGACACUUUGCAUAUCCGUUCAGUACUAUUUGAACUUGGGUUUCCUGUCUCGGCUCCAGUUAAGCUAUUUUGUGACAAUAUCUCAGCAUCCUACUUGACUGCUAAUCCCGUCCAGCAUGCUCGCAGCAAGCACAUUCAGAUAGACUAUCAUUUUGUCAGAGAGCGUGUGGCUCAUGGAGAUCUUGUUGUGAAGUACAUUCCUACACAGUUGCAGUUGGCUGAUAUUUUUAUUAAAAGUCUCUCUAGUCAACAGUUUCAUUUUUUAAAGGACAACCUGCGCGUUGUUUCUCCCGCACAGUUUGAGGGGGUGUAAUAGAAUAUAUUUUAGGGAUAUUUGUUUCCUAAAAUAUAUUUAGGAAUAUUUGUUUCCUUUUGUACCUUGAACUCUCUCAUUAUAUAUUGAUCUGCCAGGACUCCUGAGUACCUUUUCUCAAAUAAUCUCACAUAUGUAUGUACUCGUAUAAUGUAGUAUGUUUGGAAUCAUUGGAUGGAUCUCCCUCUAC